AUGCAUUUGUAUUUCUUUGUCCAUUUAUUGAAGAAACCUGAAUGGGGUUAUGUUUCGUGGAACCAUCCUCUCCCCCCCCCUCCAACUGUUCUCUCUGGUGGUCUCUCUGGGGGUCCCGGUCCAGGACCACAGCGGUCAGCCUCCCAUCCCAGUCUCAAAAGACUGAUUGUCAUUUCGCACCAUUUCUCCUCCAUCUCGAGACAUCAGAGCAGUAGGAGGAGUAGGAGUAAGGGGAGGACAAAGAAGAGAGGACGGCUUGCUGUCCGUUACGCCCCGAAGCUUGGCAGAAGCCAUGCUGCGUACUCAGACCCAGAGGGAGACAGAACACCUUCAGGCCCCUGACAGCCCUGCUGUUAUCACCCCACGCGGCAGUGUAUUGUAGGCCCACUGUUGGGUGCUGAUGGGACGUCGGUGAGUCGUGCGUCACAGCUCUGGUUCAGAGUGUUUUCUACUCUGGUGGUUCGGUUUCGCACGCAGUUAAUCAACAUCGUUGGAUAUGUCUGGACCCCCGGGUCAGAAACCAGCUCUGCGGGCCAGCGGCUCCCCAAAGAGCCGCUUCCAGGUGGACGUUGUCAUGGAGGCAGAGAGAGCCGAGGCCUCCACAGGGGGUCGGUCACCAGCUCCCGGGACGGAUGACCUCAAGGGCCGGUCCAGAGUGGUGGUGGGCUUCCUGGACCCAGAGGGCCUUGGGAGCGCUAUGGACAUCGGACUCCCACCCGACGUCUCCCAUAACGGGGACACGGUGAAGAGCGACUCGGUCAGCCUCCACUCCACAGGCACGGGACACACGCACGUUUCGGACUCGCAGUCCAACACCUACUACAUGCGGACGUUUGGACACAACACCAUCGACGCCGUACCCAACAUCGACUUCUACCGAAAUACCGCUGCGGCGUUGGGAGAGAAGCUGAUCCGACCAUCGCUGUCAGAACUCCAUGAUGAGCUGGACAAGGAGCCCUUUGAGGACGGUCUGGCCAAUGGGGAGGAGCCCUCCGCAGCAGAGGAGGCAGCAGCCUUGGCAGCCAAGCAGGCCAAAGGAGGAACUAUCAAGUUUGGUUGGGUGAAAGGUGUCCUGGUGCGCUGCAUGCUCAACAUCUGGGGGGUCAUGCUGUUCAUCAGGAUGUCCUGGAUCGUUGGCCAAGCAGGCAUCGGGCUGACUAUCGCUAUCAUCUGCAUGGCAACGCUGGUCACCACCAUCACCGGACUGUCCACCUCUGCCAUAGCAACCAACGGAUUUGUGAGAGGAGGAGGAGCGUACUACCUGAUCUCCCGCAGUCUGGGUCCUGAGUUCGGCGGAUCCAUUGGACUAAUUUUCGCUUUCGCCAACGCCGUUGCCGUGGCGAUGUACGUGGUGGGCUUCGCUGAGACAGUCGUCGAGAUGCUGAACGAUGUGGAUGCGUUGAUGACUGACGAGCUGAACGACAUUCGAAUCGUCGGAACGCUGACCGUCAUCCUGCUGCUGGGAAUCUCAGUGGCCGGGAUGGAGUGGGAGGCCAAGGCUCAGAUUGUUCUGCUAAUCAUCCUCCUGGGGGCCAUCGUUAACUACUUCAUGGGGACCUUCCUCACUGUGGAGGAAAAGGAACCCAAGGGGUUCUUCGGCUACAACUCGGCCAUCUUCCUGGAAAACUUGGGCCCAGACUUCAGAGAGGAGGAGUCCUUCUUCUCCGUGUUUGCUAUUUUUUUCCCAGCAGCCACUGGGAUCUUGGCGGGGGCCAACAUCUCUGGUGACCUCACUGACCCUCAGUCAGCUAUCCCUAAAGGCACCCUGCUGGCCAUCGUUAUCACUGGCAUCACCUACAUCGCUGUCGCUCUCUCCACAGGAGCCUGCAUCGUGAGGGAUGCUACAGGUGACCUCAACGACACAGUGACGGACACGGUGAACUGCACGGACGCUGCCUGUACCCUGGGGUACGACUUCUCCAUCUGCAAGGAGGGAGGCUGUCAAUACGGCCUGAUUAAUGACUUCCAGGUCAUGAGUCUGGUGUCUGGGUUCGGUCCUUUGAUCUCUGCGGGGAUCUUCUCGGCGACACUGUCCUCCGCCCUUGCUUCGCUCGUCAGUGCUCCUAAAGUUUUCCAGGCACUCUGUAAGGACAACAUUUACCCUGGACUUGGUAUGUUUGCAAAGGGUUAUGGGAAAAACAACGAACCUCUGCGAGGCUACGUACUGACCUUCUGCAUUGGCCUGGCCUUCAUCCUGAUUGCGGAGUUGAACAUCAUCGCUCCCAUCAUCUCCAACUUCUUCCUGGCGUCCUAUGCUCUGAUCAACUUCUCUGUGUUCCACGCCUCGCUAGCCAACUCCCCAGGGUGGCGUCCCAGCUUUAAGUAUUACAACAAGUGGGUGUCCCUGGCCGGGGCCGUGCUGUGCGUGGUCGUAAUGUUCGUCAUCAACUGGUGGGCCGCCCUCGUCACGCUUCUCAUAGUCCUGGCCCUGUACAUCUACGUCAGCUACAAGAAACCUGAUGUGAACUGGGGCUCCUCCACCCAGGCCCUGAUGUUUAAUCAGGCUCUGACCCACUCCAUCAAUCUGACUGGGGUGGAGGACCAUGUCAAGAACUUCAGGCCCCAGUGUUUGGUGAUGACCGGGUACCCCACGUCCCGCCCUGCCCUUGCCCACCUGGUGCACUCCUUCACCAAGAACGUGGGCCUGAUGGUCUGUGGCCACAUCAGGACUGUGACCCGCCGGCCAAACUUUAAGGAGCUGGCCCAGGACCACGCCCGCUGCCAGCGCUGGCUCCAUAAGAAACACAUCAAAGCCUUCUAUACCCCUGUGUUCUCUGACAACCUGCGGCACGGAACACAGGUGCUCCUACAGGCUACAGGUCUAGGCCGACUACGACCCAACACACUGGUCCUGGGCUUCAAGACCAACUGGAGCGAUGGACACAUGAGGGACGUGGACAUCUACAUCAACACAAUACACGAUGCUUUUGACCUCCAGUUUGGAGUGGUCAUCCUCCGGCUUCAGGACGGACUGGACAUCUCUCACAUCCCGGGCCAAGAUGAGUCAUCCUUGGAAAAGCCAGCUGGGACCGUUGCCAAGGAGAUGCCGGUGACUGUAAGCGUGGCUAAAGACUCAGACUCAGACUCCUGCCCCUCCAAGACCACCAGCCUCCAAAACAGCCCUAUGAUCAGCAGAGACAUCAAGUCACCUCUUAGCCUCAGAGACCAACGACUACUGGACACCAGCCAGCAGUUCAGGAAGAAGCAAGGCAAAGGAACCAUUGACGUCUGGUGGCUGUUUGACGACGGAGGUCUAACACUGUUGAUUCCAUACCUGUUGACCAAUAAGAAGAAGUGGGGCGACUGCAGGAUCCGUGUUUUUAUUGGUGGAAAGAUCAACCGCAUCGACCAUGACCGGCGAGCAAUGGCCACCCUUCUAAGCCGCUUCAGAAUCGACUUCUCUGACAUCAAUGUUCUGGGAGACAUCAACACCAAACCCAAAAAACACAAUAAACUGAGCUUCAAGGAGCUGAUUGAGCCCUACAGGCUGAAGGAGGACGACAUGGAGCAGGCUGAAGCCGAGCACCUUAAGGCUCUGGAGCCCUGGAGGAUCAGCGACAAUGAGCUGGAGCUGUACAGGGCCAAGACCAACCGGCAGAUCCGACUGAACGAGCUGCUCAAGGAACAUUCAAGCUCAGCCAAACUAAUCGUCAUGAGUCUGCCCCUCGCCAGAAAGGGGACCAUCUCUAGCGCCCUCUACAUGUGCUGGCUGGAGACACUAUCCCGAGACCUGCCUCCUGUCCUACUGGUCAGGGGGAACCACCAGAGUGUCCUCACAUUCUACUCCUAACACACACACACGCUCAAAACACACACACGUGCAAAAGACACAAUACACACACACGCGCAAAUCACAUGCACGCAAAACACACACACGCAAAACACACACGCACGCAAAACACUCACAAGCAAAACACACACACAAGCAAAACACACACACACGCAAAACACACACACACACACACACGCAAAGCAUGCACACACAAGCAAAAUACACACACAUACACAAGCAGGAUAAAUGCAGGUGCCUUCAUAAAUUAGAGCCUAGAGGCUUUUUUGCUGUCUGGCUACUAUAGUGUUGGUUCAUUUUAAGAGGACAUAAGGAUGUUACAUAUUGUUUGCACUGUAACAUUACAAAUAAGGAUCAGAAAUGUUUUAAAAAGCCAGUUUAUAGAGAUACUAAUUUAAAUGGAUGUUUUACAGCUACCUCUCUUUAAAGAGGUAUAUUUAUAUUGCUAUAUAUUUAUGUGAUAGAUUAAUGAUUCAAUUUCUUUUUUUAUGUAUUUAUUUAAUAAUGUUUAUUAUACUGCUUUGACGGUGAACAAUAUUGGGUUAAUGGUGUUGUAUACAUUCUAAUCCUGUGUAAUCUUGCAUUGUUUUCCUACUGGAUCACGAUAAGUUAAUCAGUUGUUUAAUGUUUUCUUGACGGGAAAUGGAGACUGAAAGUUGCAACAUAUCGUGGUGCCCCACAAUGUAAUGGGGCUGUUUGGCUUAAAUGUUAUCAAUUACAGUUUAUUCAUGUUCGGACAUUGUAAAGAUUUAACAUGUAAUUAUGUGUACUGUGUAAGGGUGGUUGUUUUAUGGUGGAAGAUAGUUUGAGUUUGUCUAAAUUAUGGUUGCCCCCAAAUAAUAAUUAUAAAAAUACAAUUAUGCAUAAAGUUUUGAAGUCUUGCGUGUCUUCUUGAAGAUAAUCCUGAACCUUACUUGCUAGCCUCACAAAACCAGCCUUAUCAGGUUUGGGAUAUUAGUUUUGAGAAGCCCACCAAACAACAUUCAGCCAAUCAGCGAACGCAAGUCAGUGAUGUAUUCUAUACCAACAUAUUUUUCAACACAUACAGCUCUUUUUUUAAUCUUAUUUUAUGUACAGCCCUAACCACAAAUCUCUAACUGUCUUUGUUAUCAGUCUUUGUUAUCAGCAUUAACUUGGUAGCUAGAAGUGUAAUGCUUGUAUUUAAAAAUGCAUAUAUAAAUAUAGAUUUUUUAAUAUUCACUGCAGAAUGAUAACGACAUGAUUAGUACAAUUCAUGUCAAUUACCUAACUAGAAAGUAAGGGAAAUUAUGGUUGCUGUGGUAAGUGAUUGAGUCCAGUGGUAGCAGUUAUCAACGGCUUGACCUUCGUGGGUGCGUUACAUGUUUCCAUGGUAACAGCAAGCUCCACCAAUCGAAGAU